UAGAUCUACUGUCUGUAAACCUUAAAGACCAACAUUCAGUUUAUUCUGAUAUUCUGAAAGCAACUGGCUAUUUUAAUUGUGGAUCUAUAAACCGCAUGUUAGCGUCAUGGUUAAUUAAAAACAUUUCAAAAUAUUGAGGAAUAAAUAAGGAUUGAUAACAAAUGAAGUACAAUAUUUUAUAAUUUAAUUGAUAUAUUCGAUAUACAUGUACUGGUACACAUUGGAUUUGUAUCAAUUUUGAAUAGAUAACACAACACAAUAUUUUGUUGAUAACAACAACAACAACAACAACAGCAGCAACAAACUUUAAAAGACAGAAAGUCAGACAACAGUUUUGGAUUUUAAUGAGUGUAGACAAAAGUUGUCAUUCUCGAUUUAUGAAAGUGAAAUUCCAGCGAUUGGUAUCAAAAUAAAACAAUGGCUAGUUGCACAUCUGUACCCACGAUCACUGGAGGCGCUGUAUCCAACCCAAUAGCUUCUGGUACCUACCCGCACACUACAUUGGUGGUGUACACAUGUAACACUGGAUAUGUGAUGACAGGUUCCUCAUAUAUCACAUGCAAUUCUGGUACAUGGAGCACACCCUACCCUACAUGUACCCUCCAGACUUCAAAUGACAUCGACAUCACUAACAAUGAAAAUGACAGCCUCCCCACCUGGUUACUCGUUCUGCUGGCCGUCAUGAUUGGAUUCCUUAUUCUCCUGAUAUUCGCAUGUGUGGUCUUCUGGUGCGGUCAGAUGUGCGGGUUUUACGAUAGAAGCUGCCUGUGGGGAAAGUCUGGAUCAGGAUCUGGGUCCUCAGCACGAUGCAGGUGUUGCUGUACAAAGUCUGACAGAUAUGACCCUCCCAAGACGUGCAAAAAUCUGCCCCGUCACUACCAGAUAGAUGAAUAUGGCCGUAGAUACCACCUUGACGACUAUGGAAGACGAUGCUACACAGAACACAAAAACAAAACAACCAACUUCAUCGCCAAUGGAGAGGUGUCCCCCCAACCACAAGCCACAACACUGAGUGAGCCCACACCACGGGUCCAGGCCAAGGAGUUGUUGUCAUGGAAACCGCAUGCAAACCCUGUAAGAAGCAUCAACACCAGCACAAAAUAAUAAGAAAUCCUAUUCCUGACAGAAAUAUCUACACGAAAAUGAAAUAACAAGAAAACUGCAGAAAUAAAUGACAUUACAUCUACUAUGUUUACUUUUAUGUAGGGCAAAUAAAUGACAUUACAUCUACUAUGUUUACUUUUAUGUAGGGCAAAUAAAUGACAUUACAUCUACUAUGUUUACUUUUAUGUAGGGCAAAUAAAUGACAUUACAUCUACUAUGUUUACUUUUAUGUAGGGCAAAUAAAUGACAUUACAUCUA